AUGGCGGCCAGUACAAGACCUCAAUACUAUUCGAAUACGCUGAAAGUCAUUGAUAUACGGGAAGGUGCGUUGGUGAGGGCUCGAGCUGAGCUGCAAAGCGCAGUGGAUCGUGGCCUCGUUCUGGUAUCAGAGCAGAGCCCGCCAAUUGACAACCAUGGCAACAUCUUUACCGGCGGACUAGGCAUCGCGUGUCUUCACUUGUACCGGAUCUACCAAGCGAUCACUUCCGGGAAAGAUGAACAGGACAUUCAAAAGCUGGUGGAGGCUGCAGAACGCUACACACCUAAAGAGAUCCCAGCGGAGUUGACAUUUGCAAAUGGACGAACAUCACCACUGUGUCAUACUGAACUGGGUGUCAUCUUCAUCCAGAUGGCGCUCCGGCUUGUCCGAGGGAUGCACCCAGCGUUCAGAGAUGACAAGGCAGACCCCAAGAGCGGUCCUCAGGGGACCGAGCUUAGUGAUUCCACUAGCCACUUCAAUUUUCUUUGGGAAGUCAAUCGUGGCUCAGGUGAGGCAAUCUGGCACACACGAAUGCAGGGCAAAUCUGUGGAAAGCAACGGCCAUCUCAUGGGUAUUGAUGAAGUACUCUGCGGCCGAGCUGGCCUACUAUGGGCUUGUGUACUUCGAAAUCGUCUCUACCGAGUGCUGUCACAGGGUGUGGACUUUCGGGACGCAGACGAGCAUGUGGUAGUCGAUCGCUUGAUGUCACGCGACACCACGGAUCUGAUUGGCAUUUUACAUCUUCAUGGUCUGCCGACACAUACUCCAUCAAGCCCGGAACCGCCCGAACCGCCGCCGUACUCUUGGCCAUGGAUCGACGACUGGCAUGCGCUUGGCGGCAUGCACGGGGCGGCAGGUAUCAUGGCAGCAAUGUUCCAGGCGGAUUACGCUGACUUCAGGACACCAAUGACGGUCCCACGCAGCAUUGGACAGAGCGUACCAGCAUUGACGUCUUUCUUCGAGCAUACUAUGGACACUCUCUGCCAGACUUGCCUCGACAAUGACGGCCAUCUUCCUAUGUCAAAGCCACCGUUCCCCUCCAAGAACAAGAAUGCAAAUCCAUUGGUCCAGAUCUGCCACGGCACACCAGGUCUACUACUCAUGCUAGCAAGCGCACGCCGCAACAAAGAGUUUCGGAGCAAGCACUGGAAGCCAUUGUGGAACGAGGCCUUCGCGAUAGGCAGCCAUCGAGUCUGGGCGGAAGGCCUUAUCAGCAAAGGAGCGGGGAUCUGCCAUGGCAUUGCAGGAAACGCGCUUCCCUGGCUGAUGUGGGUGGAAAUAGACGUCGAUGAAGGAUGGAGCACGGCACCACAUCUUGAGCGGGCUCUGGCUUUUCUGAAGGAGUGCAUGAAUACGAAGCCGUUCAGUGAAGAUCUGGAGGACAAGUAUAGAAUGCCUGACCAUCCGUAUAGCUUGUUUGAGGGGCUUGCGGGAACGGUGCUUGUGUGGAUGGAAGCUGUCAGGAUUCUGGACAAGAUGCUCAGCAAAGCUGCAAGUUGA